GUUCCUUCUCAGCUCAGUCCUCUCCAUUGCUCUACAACUCAGAACAGCAACUGCUGAGACCACCCUGAGAAGAGGAUGAUCCUAAAAAGAGCUCUGAUUCUGGGGGCCCUCACCCUGACCACCAUGAUGAGUGCCUGUGGAGGUGAAGACAUUGUGGCUGACCACAUUGGCUCCUAUGGCAUAACCAUCUACGAGUUGUCUGGUCCCUCUGGCCAGUACAAUUUUGAAUUUGAUGGAGAUGAGAUGUUCUACGUGGACUUGGAGAAGAAGGAGACCAUCUGGAGGCUGCCUGAGUUUAGCAAGUUUACACGUUUUGACCCACAGGGUGCACUGGAAAGCAUUGCUACCGUAAAACACAACUUGGAUAUCAUGAUUAAACGCACCAAUUCUACUCCUGCUACCAAUGAGGUUCCUGAGGUCACUGUGUUUUCCAAGUAUCCCGUGAUGCUGGGUCAGCCCAACACCCUCAUCUGUCUUGCGGACAACAUCUUUCCUCCUGUGAUCAAUGUCACAUGGUUGAAGAAUGGGCACUCAGUCACAGAAGGUAUUUAUGAGACCAGUUUCCUCAUCAAGAAUGAUUAUUCCUUCUUCAAGAUCAGUUACCUCACCUUCCUCCCUUCUGCUGACGAUAUUUAUGACUGCAAGGUGGAGCACUGGGGCCUGGAUGAGCCACUUCUGAAACACUGGGAACCUGAGAUUCCAACCCCUGUGUCAGAGCUGACAGAGACUGUGGUCUGCACCCUGGGGUUGGCCAUGGGCCUUGUGGACAUCGUGGUGGGCUCCAUCCUCAUCAGCCGAGGCCUACGCUCAGAUCAUAUUUCAUGCCCAGUAAAACAGGAUCAACCAAGUAUAUAAAGCGAUAAUAUUCUGAUACAUGAGGUGAGUAAUGCUCUCUUCCUUGUGUUCCCACCCUCAGCCAUUGCCCCCCACUCCCAAUUCAGGCAUCAACAUAUACCCUAUAGCCUUGUGUUGAUUUGUUAUAGCAGAAACAUAAGAACCAAGAAAUAAGUCCAUAUUCAUUUUAAUGUAGUUUUUAAAAAUUAUGACAGAGAAAUAAUUUAGGGGAAAGGAAUUUUGAACCUCAAAAGUACCAAAAGUCAAAAUUUGGGUGUUAAAAUCAAAAUUUGUUCCCCAAAUUUUAAAUUUCUGAAGAAUGAAUGAUAAUAGUAGCUUUGUUCUCCCCUCCUCACUCUUGAGGAGAUAAGAAUUCUCUAGGCAGGCAAAGAAAUGGAAGUCCUUUGGAAAAGCAUUAGAAUAAGACAAUAAUGCAGAUAUCUGAGAAGGACCAAAUACCUUGUCCUUACUUAGAGUUAGUAACAACGGAAAAGGGAUGGGGAUAAAAGCCACAGACAUAUUUAGGGUCCCUAGGACAAAAGUUUACCUCUCCUCCUAGAUGAAGCUCUGCUAAAUAACCACAUAGAUUUUCCUGUGCCACCAUGGCAUGUCGAGGACAGUAGAAUGAAUAUGGCAUGAGGAUGUUUCUAGGUGAUAAGCCUAAAUCAGACUCACUGAAUCCCCUGUGCAUCCCUGCGUGCCCUGCAAAACAGCAAAACACCCCAUCUCCCCAGCCCCCUGCCCCUCACCCCUCUUUACUGAGGAAAGCAUGAGCCUGUGAGAGAGAAAUCCCAGGAGGGACAACAUUGUUGAGACAAUGUAGCAGCAGCUAUGGGUGCUGCAUCCUCCUCUAUAUUCACUGUCUCCUAGUGAAGACCUUGUAGAGGAAAUGGAUCAACAGAUGGCAUUCUCUUGGCUCUCCAUGACCACACUCUUGAGAGUAUGUGUGAAUUGACUUGGAGUCAUUUUGCCCUUUGAAAUUGUUUUAGGCACACAGUCUUUCCACUCUGCAAAUACCAUGUCCAAACACUGCAUCUAAGAUAGUAAUAUGGAAUGUAUGAGGCUGUCCUCAUCCAUGCCAUCUGCAUCAGUAAGUUUAAAAUGUAAUUGGGGAAUAAAGACAAAAUAUUAACACAAUAAUUGGUACAGAUAAUUGGGUGCAAAGAAACCUAUAUCCAAAUCCAGGACUCAGUAGUUUAUAGCUAGUAUUUUAAACUUUACAACACUGGGUAAAGUAUCUAACAUUUCUGAGCCCUAUUUUAUCAUCCAUAAUGUGGGAGUGACAAUACUUUCCUUGAAGAGCUAUUGACAGAAUUUGAAUAAUCUCAUUAUAUAGCCAGUGCCUUGUAGAUAGUAUACAAAUACAUAAGAAAACAUUGCUAUUUAUAUCCAUAAUUAAUUUAUUUAAAAGAAUGAACCAUACCAUAAAAAAAUCACUUUUGGUUUUCUGAGCUCUUUAAUGAUUUAGGAGAUUCAAACAAGGAGCUAUGGAUGAAUUUCUUUUCAUAUGUUAAUUGGAGAAUUUUUUUCCACUCUAGAAUAAGAGAGGCUGAGACUAAGUUAGGCUGAGAAAAUAGAUAGAGUAUAGUGGUCAGUGACAUAUCAUUGGUGAAGGGGUUGCUAAGAGAACUCUUAGGGCAAGAAGUUGUAACAUAUGACUUUGUUUUUUACUCUCUAAUGAAAGAUAUAUCAUCUCUAUAUGGCCCACAAGUUUUUAGUCAAGGUACGUUACAUGCAACAGAUCUGUAUGCAUGUCUACCCAGGGAAGAGGUAGGAAAGAUUCAAGGACGUAAAAGAUUCUAUGACGUAAAAGUAAGAGAAUAACUUAAAAUGCAGACUAGGAAUUAGUAAAUGCAGGGAAUCUGAACCAGAGAUGAUCAUGAAAAUGCAGGUAACAGAUCACAGAGGAUUCUUAGGACAGUGAAACUACCCUGUAUGAAAUUAUAAUGGUGGAUACAUGUCAUUAUAAAUUUGUCCAAAGCCACGGAAUGCAUGGCACCAAGAGUGCACCCUAAUGUUAACUAUGGACCUUGGGUGAUAAUGAUGUGUCAGUGUAGGUCCUUCGAUUGUAACUAAUGUACCACUCUAGUGGGGAACGUUAAUAAUGGGGGAGGCUCUGCAUGAUGACAGCAGGGGGGAUAUGGAAAGUCUUUGUACCUUCUGCUCACUUUUGCUGUGAGCCUAAAACUGUUCUUAAAUAAAGUGUAUUUUAAAAAGAAGGCAAAAGAUCAACUAUUAUGAUCCCAAAUGUAUAAAAUAAAAAUUUUAGUAUAAAAAAAGUGGUCACCUGAAAACACACAAAUGUACUAAGAGUUUUCAAUAAAGGUAAUUCAAAUAAAUUUUAUGUAAAUUUCAAUUAUUCAUGGGGUAGGAAUACAGCAUUUUGGAGGUGGUGGGUGUGUGUAUGUAUGUGUGAGUGUGUCUGUGUUAAGUAUGUAUGUUAUUGUAAUAUAAGGGUUAUAUUGAAUAGCAUUAUGAUCAGUGUCUUAGAAAUAUAGAAAUGCUGCCCUCGUUGGACUUCUUCCCCCGGAAGUACUGAGGAAAGCAAAUUUAAUAACCAUUGCAUUUUGUUACAGGAUUCAUUCAUAAAGUGUUCGUAUAAUUUUAAAAUAAUGGAGUUAAACUUAAUUCUAAAAAAUAAGAGCAAUCAUUUCUUCUUAAUAAAUGAAAAAGGUUUUCUACUUAGAAUCCCUGGUGAAAAGAUAUUGCAUCUAUAAAAGUAAUAAUAGGGGACUAAAAAUAUGGAAAAUUUAAUAGAAAGCUUGGAAAAUCAAAUUAAGAAAAUCUCCUUGAAAUGAAAAAAGAAGACAAAGAAAUAUAAUAUAUGAUAGAAAAGAGAAGACACAGAGAAUAGACCCAGGAAGUCCAACAUUAAGUAACAGAGCUAGAGAGAGAAACAGAGAAAUGAAGGAGAGAAUUACCAAAACAAAUAAUAAGGGAAAAUUUUCCAGAUAUAACAGGCCUAAUUCUUUACAUAGAAUGGGACUUUCAGAUAUUUAGAAAAAUUAAUGAAAAAAGACUCACCACUAAAUACAUCAUUUUAAAAAUUUCAGAACCUCCAGGGUUAAAGGAAAAUCAUAAAAUAUCCCAGUGGGAGAAAAAAAAAAACAAAACAAACUGACAACAGACUAAAAGUCAGACUGUCAGAUACUUCUAUCAUUAAGAUAAUAAGAAAGGCCUUGAAGUUCCAAAGGAAAACUUUUCUAUCAAUGAACGUAUACCUUUUCAAAAUUGCAAGCAGGCAUGAAGAAAGAAUAACAAUACUGUCAGAUAUGGAAAGGAAAAGAUGUGAAGUUUACCACCCACACACGGUUUUAUUGGAAGUUGGUUAAGGACAUGACUUAGUAAAGUGAGGUUGCCAAUCAGGAGAUAGGAACAAACCUGGGGAGUGAUAUCAGCAAUAUGGCUGAAUAAGACAUCUCUCAUUCAUAUCCCUCUCUUAACAAGUGGCAUUUAUCCAUGGACAAAGUGCUUUUGUGGAAGCUAUAGGAUCCAGCACCAUACACGAAGGGACCCAGGAGGAGUCUCACCAACCUGUGCAUUGGGUAACAGGCUUACAGACCUCAGUUCCAGCUAAGGACCCUGUAGUGGCCUGUGAACCAGCUCUAACCCCUCUGAGCCAGGGUCCAGGAGUCCCUGGAGAACACUGUCUUAGACAAACACCCACAGACAAGAGAGUAUCUGUGGAAGUCCAGACUUCCAGAAGAGAAGUUCCAGCAUACCUUUGGAGUAAAUAAAUAUGAGUUUGGAUGCAUCAGAGUGGGUAAGAGGAACUGUUUGACUUUACCUGUAUCACCUCUCCCCUAAGGCAGCACAGCACAGUGCCAAGAGAGACCUUCUCAACCUGUGAUUUCUCCCACGGAGAAAGUAAGAGAGUGUGAGUGAGCACCUGGCCUCCCCAAAUGGGCCAAAAAGGCCCAUUAUUCUCUCACCCCAUCCAGGGUACUGAGUCAUGAAUUGCAUAACUGGAGGUGGGAAGAUGCUGGGAGAGUGGCAGAUAGGACUCUUGGAGAAUACUAAAGGGGCACAGAUCCUACUAAUUGGGUCAUGACUCCAUCAAGAAGCCCACCCCUGAGCCACAGGGGAUCCCGCACCAGAUGGUCUCCCAAAUAGAGCAUAGGCACUCCCAACACUCCAUAAAUUGUACACAGACAACUCCCCACACUGUGGCCAGUUCCCUGUGCACAUUAAUGAUGGCAGCAAGAGCAAGAUUAGGCAAACUACUAGUGAAUAGUGCAGAAACUGGCCCAAAUCUGCAAGCCAAAGAGAGAACACAAAUUUCAGCUUUAGCUCUACCCUUGGAAAAGCAAAAGGGAAGCUGUCAGCACCCAGCCAGGUGGAUUGCAGGGUCUAGAGAAAGCAUAAAAGCUCAAGAAGUCUUCCUCAAGGAGGAACAAGAAGUACGGUGCAGGCAUAUCCAUAGAAGUUCUGAGAAAGCCUCAGAAUCCAUAGUGAGGCUGAUGGAAGAUAUUUCUCUCCUUAAGUCAGUUAGUAAAGACUGGAAUAGGUAACUGCUACUUUAAAUGCAAAGACAGCAACGCAAGACACCAAGACAUGGGAAUCUGUGAUUCACACAAUAACAAUUUCAAAAUAGCUGUUUUAAGGAAGCUCAAUGAGCUGCAAGAAAAUACAGAAAAACAAUUCAACAAAAUC